AUGGCGUCUCAAAAUCCCAUAGGACCUGCUUUGCCGCCAAGCUUUAAACAAGCAGCCGAUUCUGAUGAUGAACGUGAAUGUAAGUUUGCCGGUCCCGCAUUGCCUCCCGGUUACAAACGAGAGGAACCGUCGAGUUCGUCGGAUGAAAGUGAUGAAGUAGUCGUCAAAAGAGUCAAGAAAAAGCAUACCCGUAACAUCUGCCAAUAAAACAGGUUGAUAAACACAAACGAUGAAGACGAUGACGGGUUCUUUGGACCAGCAUUACCACCAGGUUUUAGCAAAAAACAGAGUUCACCAGAGAGGCCACCUGUGCUGGGACCAGCUUUGCCCCCCGGGUUUCGCCGUGCAAUGGAUGAUACAAAUAAUGAUGAUGGUGAUGAAGAGGGUGUCCCGGGACCUGCCUUACCCCCAGGAUACCAGGCUGACUCCUACAGUAGUGAGGGAGAGGAUGAAGAUAUUAUCGGACCCAUGCCAUCCAGUUGUCCAGCUCCAAAUACAGUGGCUUUUGACAUUGAACGCAGAGCACAGAUGAUGAAAGACAAACUGACUAAAGUUGAGGCUCCUGAGGUGCCAUGUCGAGAGACCUGGAUGACAGAGCUUCCACCAGAACUACAACACAUUGGCUUAGGGGCUCGCACUUUCAAGAAAAGGUCUGGUCCGGAGAAGGGUGACCGUUCUGUUUGGACAGAUACACCUGCAGACACAGAGCGCAAGGCCAGGGAGCGUCUUGAGAAGAAGAAAAAGGGCGAGCCUAUAAAAGAUUCUGUCCAACAAAUCUCGCAGAAGGAUUUGGAAAUGGCAGAAAAGGUGUCCAAGUACAAUAAAACGAAACGCUCGGAAUCUCUGAUGAGUUUGCAUACAAAGAACAUAAAGGAAAAGGCGAAGGACGUUGGAAACAAGCCGGUGGAAAGAAGAGCCUUUGACCGGGAAACUGACCUGAAGGUCAAUCACUUCGACGAUGUGCAGAAGCAGCGUCUGCUGAAGAAGUCUCAGGAACUGAACACACGCUUUUCCCACAGCAACGAUAGGAUGUUUUUGUAA